AUGGGGGGCAAGUCCGGAACCAAAGCCGUCUACUUCGACAAGCUCAAGGGCUUGCUCGACGAGUACAAGUCUGUCUUCAUUGUUGGCGUUGACAAUGUCUCCUCCCAACAAAUGCACGAGAUUCGAGCCACUCUCCGUGGAGAGGCCGUCGUGCUGAUGGGCAAGAACACCAUGGUUCGUCGUGCCGUCAAGGGCUUCAUCACCGACUUCCCCGAGUACGAGAAGCUGCUGCCUCAUAUCAAGGGCAAUGUCGGCUUCAUCUUCACCAACGGCGAGCUCAAGGAGAUCCGUGACAAGAUCUUGGCCAACAAAGUCGCCGCGCCCGCCCGUGCCGGUGCCGUUGCUCCCAUCGAUGUCUGGGUUCCCGCUGGCAACACCGGUAUGGAACCCGGCAAGACCUCUUUCUUCCAGGCCCUCGGUGUCCCCACCAAGAUCGCCCGUGGUACCAUCGAAAUCACGUCCGACCUCAAGCUCGUCGAGAAGGAUGCCAAGGUUGGUGCCUCCGAGGCCACCUUGCUCAACAUGUUGAACAUCUCUCCCUUCUCCUACGGUAUGAAGGUCGAGCAGGUCUAUGAGGAGGGUCAGACUUUCCCGCCCAGUGUUCUGGAUAUCGAGGAGUCGCAACUGCUCAAGGCUCUGACCAGCGCUAUUGCGACCAUCACUACCAUCUCCCUGGCCACCAACUACCCGACUCUGCCAUCCGUGCUGCACAGUCUCAUCAACGGCUACAAGAAGGCGUUGGCUGUUGCGGUUGAGACUGACUACAGCUGGGAGGGCAUCGAAGAGCUCAAAGAUCGUAUCGCCAACCCGGAUGCGUACGCUGCAGCGGCUCCGGCUGCCAGUGCUGACGCGCCUGCUGCGGCUGCUGAUGCUGCACCUGCGGAGGAAGAGAAGAAAGAAGAGGAAGAGGACGAGGAUGAGGAUAUGGGCUUCGGUCUGUUCGACUAA